AUGUGCAGGGUACACAUACAGAAGAAGCACGACUUCGUACAACUGAGGAAGCCAAAUAGGCUCAUAAGAGCACAAAAAGAACUGGUGGAAGGACUAAAAACAGGGAAGCUUAAAUUCCGCGUCCUUCACCGAGCGACACCUAGCCCGUUGUCGGGUUACGACAAUGAAGAGACUCUCAGAAGCGACUGUCCUGAUGACAUCACAGACAGUCACGUGUACCACGACAUCGACGAAGAUGACGUCAGAAUCAACAACGAACAGAAACGUGCUGGACAGUCAACUAAUACGGCGGCAGGUGCCACUGUGCCCGUACCUUUAUCCGGCGAUAUCGUCGAUCUUGGUGCCAACCCAAUGUACAGCACCGGUGACACACAACAAGCAGACAACGGAGAUAACACCGAUGAGGAAGACAUUUGUGGCCGCUGCAAGAAGACUACCCGCCAGCGCGUCUUCCGCGCUGUUAUCAUUUUCAUCGGUGUAGCAUCCUCUUGUUGGGUAUCAACAGCAAUCAUCCUGUAUGUCACCGACAACAAGGAAGAAGGCCUCUAUUUGCCCCCUAGAUCUGUGACGACCGUUUCAUUCGCAUGGAAAGUGGCAAAUCACUCAACAUGUACUAAGUUGUCUGCAACUCCAGUGCAGCUUCUGGACAAGGGCUUCGUUCCUUCAUCAAUGACGUCAACAAUCUCAUCACCAUUUCUGUCGACCACAAGAAUGAUUGAAGAUCAGGGUCUCGAUCAGAAGAUUACGACCACAUUGUCAGAGAAGACCUCAACUGACGCUUCAGCUACAGAUGCACCAACCGACCAUCUGAAGGUUACCAGCACGACAUCUAGUCCAGGUGCACAGACAACGGAUCAUGACGGUACGACAACUGCACUUUCAGAAGUGAUCCCAACUAGCACCAUGUUUCCUCGUACCACUAAGAUGGAUGAGACGGAAUCGAGCAAGAAGGACAAGCAAAUCUUCUCAACCACGAAAGAAAGCUACAGCGGACAUAUUUACGUGGACUCGGACAAGAUCGCUUUUGGCGGAAAGGGGUCAGGACCAGGACGGUUUGAGAAGUCUUCGGGUGUCGUUGUGUCUGCCGACAACGAGAUAUUCGUGACAGAUUCAGAUAAUUAUCGAGUCCAAGUCUUCAAUGUAGACGGGUUCCAUCUCCGGUCCUUUCGCACGGUAGUUCCCAAUGACAAUGCAAAGAAAAUGUACCCUCGAGACAUUGCUAUGGACGGAAAGGCAAGUCUGUGGAUUGUAGGGUGUAUUAUUUAUGAUCUUCAUACACAUGCAGUUGGCGUGGUACAAUACAACCGUGGUGACGGCAUGCCAAUGACUAAUUUCAAAAUAGAGGAUUACGGUUCAUCGACUCCUGGCAUUGCCGUGAACGUUCAUAGAAAUACAAUAAUCCUGGCUUUCACUGACGAAAUUCUAAUUUACAGACCGGACGGCUUGCUCAAUCAUAAGUUCAGAAAAGCGCAGGGAGACUCCAGAUCAUUUGUGGCAUCAGACAAGGAUCAUAUCUACGUUAGCGAGGAAGAUUUUGUCCAGGUUUACGAUCACUCUGGGGUUCCUUUGUUUAAAUUUGACGAUGGAAAACCCCAUGUGGGUACGGUUGGUUUGAGGAAUCCUGCGGGUGUUCUUGUGGAUUCCUUUGGUCACGUCAUAGUGGCAAACCGAGGAAACGGCCGUGUGGACAUGUUUACCAGCCAGGGUGAUUUUGUUCGCACCUUGGUCACAAUACUAACACCCACGGGUAUUGCUAUAGGGCCACGUGGACUUUUGGUGGUGACAAACAUAUAUGACAACACGGUCACCAUCUUCCCACCCCAUACUCUAUUUCUGUAAUGAUAUCAGGUUUUUGCAAUUGUUUAUAUUUUUCCUGGUUUGUUGUUUGUUUUGGCGUGUGCCACGCCGGAUUUUCUGGAUAUUAGGCAUGUGAUUAGUUGGUACUGAGAUCUCGUAUGAGUUCACUUUUUUUUAAAACUCAAGACGUAGGGAAAGACCUCCCAUGUGUUGGAAAGAUCAAAUAGUAAAAGACGAUGGAUCCUUAUAGCAGCUACACCGAACGUUAUGCUCCUGGUUACAGUAAGUUGGUUAUUUAUCUCAAAUCCGGGGAAGGACAAUUUUGGU